GUGUGUAUCAGAGCUGUGUGUAAGUUGACUAUGCAAACAAUUUUGAAUUUUCAACACAUUAAUGUUUCUUAUAAAACAUUGAAUGUUAGCUAGAGACUGGUAUUCAGGCUAGUCCAUUUUCCCCUUGACACAUGAAUAUCUUACAUGUCGUUCUCACACACACUUGGUUGUGCAUGCUGCCUACACAUGUAUAAUAUACAGUACUUACAAAUCAAAUCUGCUUGCUGUGUGGAGCAGAGUUCAGACGCCACCCUUAUCUUUGAUUUCACACUCAAUUUGCUGAGCCAAUCAAACGGCUGUAGGGAGAGACUUACUUCACAGCUACAUCUUUGAGCAAGCAAUGGUACUGACACACACAAGGGAAAACCUUCAUAUAUGUUAAGUUAAUCUCACCGUUAGAUUCACUUAGCUAUGCAUGAUGAUACAUAAUGUUAUUACCUCCAACCUUGUAAUGGUGUUUUCCUGAUACUGUUCUGUGUUUACUUUCACUUUCACUGGAGGAGGAGCUGUAGAGACUAGCAACUGUCCUUAUCUCUAUGGGAGGAGCUCACAACACAAAGCCACAUUCAAAAUUGGCCAACAAGGUUGCAGAACAGAGCUUGUUAUUUUUGAAACUAUCCAACGUACUAAGUUACCAUGCCUCACUUGAAAACGGUUCCAAGCUUCAAAUAGUGCUUUGCCACACAUCAUCCAGAGGUCCAUCACCUAGCUUCACCAAGCCACACAUCAUCCAGAGGUCCAUCACCUAGCUUCACCAAGCCACACAUCAUCCAGAGGUCCAUCACCUUACUGCCAUGGCUCAUGUUAACAGUUACCUUUCUAUUCUGCUGCUAUUCCUUCCUGAGGGGCUCUCUUGUCUGGUGAGAACACAGCAGGUUGUCACAGCAACCCUGGGAGAAGAUGCAGUCUUAAACUGUGAGCUCAUGAAACCAAAAGACAUGCUGCAAGUCACCUGGCAAAGAGACAAUAUGGCUUCUUACAGCAAACACCACAGCUGAUUUGUUAACAAAGAUUUUCAGAGGAACGUGGAGUUUGAUGACGAGGGACUGCAGAACUGCUCUAUCGUCAUCAGAGGAGUGUCAAGAGGAGACGAGUCCUGCUACAAGUGUCUGUUUAACACCUAUCCAUAUGGACCUAUCAGUGGCAGGACCUGUCUCAAAGUUAAUGAGCUGUAUGGACCCUCACUCCUCAUCACACAAACCAACAACAGUCACAUCACUCUGUCCUGUUCUGCUACUGGACGACCUGUUCCUAUAGUAACCUGGGACGAAACAGAAAUUCUAGAAAAUUCUACAAUGGCCAGUGUCACCCAUCUCAAUGGAACUGUCACUGUCACCAUAACUUCUACGCUGGCAGCAUUCAGUCUACCUGACAACAACAUCAGGGUUGGCUGUAUGGUGUCACUGUUCUCUGGAGGUGUCACCAAGAACGUAUCUAUGGUUAUUCCAGCUAUAAAUCAAGCUUCAUUUGCUGGUUAGAAAUGGUUCAGUACAUGCCUACAGUAACAAUCAGCAUGCUGGUGUCAUCCUGAAGUUAUGUCUCUGUGUGUUCUGUGCUUGGUGUACCUGAGGUCACUGAUGGUGACAGGAUUCAUCUAAUGACCACAACUAAUCUCUGAUCUACUUUUAUCUGUGAAUUGUACCAUUCUCAUCUUGUCAUCUUUCACAGGUAAUUCAACAGUAAUUGUUUCAGUGAUGGGUGUUUCAUUGCUGUGUGCUGUGGAGCUGCUGUGGCACUGUGCUGCAAACUGAGAAAGAAAAUGAGAAGAAACUACUGAGCAUGGUGUUGGUUGAACAGGAGCGGCACUACUUCAAGUCUGAGGCAGAGUUACUGCACAAUGUCUGCUCUGGCACUCAGCCUACCUACUUAUCUGCAUAUAAAUAUGUAUCUGUCUGUCUGUCAUGCUUUCUAUGUCUCUGUCUCUCAGUCUAUCAGGCUUUCUCUGUCUGUCUCUGUCUGUACUUUGAGUUUCAAGUUAACAUUUCUACAAGUUGAGCAUAGGCUUUGACAUCAAGCUGGUUUUAUAGAAAGUAGACAAACUCAAGAUAACAUCAGAAGAACCCUCCAUAUCAUGAACAAUGUAGACAAUGAAAAUACAGUGACAUUGAAGAGCUCCAUUCUGGUUUAGCCUCCACAUGGAUGAAGCAUUUGACUCUGAAACUUGAACUUCCCCUAUAGAAAGAAUUUAGUUUAGAAAGAAUUUGACUUCAACAACGAAUCAAGGAGGAUCAUUCAAACACUUUAUUCAUAGAAAAUACAAGGUUGUUAUCCUUUUCGCUUUAUCAAGUUACUUUGUGUAUAAGAGUCAAAUAAAAUACUUCAAAUGUUUUAUCUAUUAUUACUAAGCGUGUAGGGCAGCUGUAACACAGAGCAACUGACGUGGAAAUGUGCUGAUCCUGUUAGGUAGGUGUGUGUGUGUGUGUGUGUGUGUGUGAGAGAGAGGGGGUAUUUGAUCUCCUCUGUGUCGUUACUCUAACUCUGAAAAUAUUAUGAAAUGUUAUACUGGCACCAGUUUCUGUUUCUCUUGCAGUUUGAGGUGCCUUGGCCUGGUGCAGAGAUGAUGUCCCCUGGAAUGCCUGAGCCCCUCACCACACCUAGUGACGUUGUUUGGACAGGAACUACUACGGCAGGUAGCCUAGCGGUUAGAGCGUUGGGACAGUAACCAAAAGGUCGCUAGUUUGAACUUGAGCAAGGCAGUUAACCCUAAUUGCUCCAGGGUCGCCGUUGAUAGUGGCAGACCCUGACCGGUGUCUCAGGGGGAGUUGGGAUAUGAAAAAAAACCAACACAUUUCCAAUUCAGACAUGCUUAUAAUACAAACUGUGUGAAAUAGGACGAAUAUAAGCACCCACCUAAUUAUUAUUAAUCACUACACCUUGGGUCAUCUCUGUAAAUCAGAGUGAUAACACAUUUCAAAUCUUUUCCAUGUUAUUUAUUUAAAUGUUUUUAUUUUGUAUUUAUGUAUUUAUUAAUUGUGGGAGGCGUCACACUUCAUCGUCUAUUGACGCUUCCAGUUGAGCAUGGAAAGCAGCUGCAGUAUAGAAAGCUUACAUCCAGCAGAUUACAUGUAACAGAUUACAUCCAGCAGAUUACAUGUAACAGAUUACAUCCAGCAGAUUACAUGUAACAGAUUACA